AUGCAAUGCCCCCGCACAGUCGAGCUUCUCGCUCCCAUCAUCGACAUCUCACCCCAAGAUGCAUCCAAGUCCGGCGGCGGAGGCUACUCCAUGACCAUCGGCAAAUCUGCGGCUAUCCUCAAAGACUGUCACAUCGGUGACAGCAUCGCUGUCAACGGCACCUGCUUGACCGUCACCGAGUUCGACGCGUCUGAAUCCAAAGACGGUGGAUACUUCAAGAUCGGUGUUGCGCCCGAGACGCUAAAGAAGACCAACCUCGGUGAUCUCAAGGUCGGAGAUGGUGUCAACUGCGAACGAGCUAUGGACGCGCAUACUCGGUUCGGUGGACACUUUGUCCAGGGUCACGUCGACACCACUGCCCUCAUCAGAUCUGUUGUACCCAACGGUAAUGCGCUUACGAUCACGCUGAGGCUGCAACACAAGCCAGAAUCCUUGCCGCUUCCAUCAACACUUUCGCCCUACCUGAUCCCCAAAGGCUACGUAACACUCGACGGCGCAUCACUGACACUCAUCGAGGUUUCUCCAGCAACGGGCGGUCUCCUGCCGUCCAACUCUACAGCAGGUGAUGUCCGAGAAGACGCACAUACGCCAAAGAAGGAGAUCGUCGAGUUCAACGUGAUGCUCAUCGCACAUACGCAAGAGGUGAUCGGGUUGAGCAAGAAGAAGCCGGGAGACACGGUCAAUGUGGAGCUCGACAUGGUGGGCAAAUACGUGCAUCGUGCCGUCCUGGGUUCGCUAGAGAGGGAUGCCGAAGAGCAUGCCGAGGCUGCCAACAGCAUCGACGCUGGAAGGGGUGCGGUGGGGAGCGCUGUAGGUCCGGCUUCGUCGCAGGCGUUGGAGGGUAUGGUAGAGAGGAUAGUCAGGAAGGUGCUCAGCGAGCAAAAGUAG